AUGGAUGAAUCUAAUGAAUUCUCAACCAAUUCAGUCAAAUCUAGUAACCCAACAGUAUUCAAAAAGAAAUUCACAUCACUUUUAAGACCAAGACAACCUUUAAAAGAAACAAAUUCUAAUUUACCAAUUUUACCUGGGAAACAAAAUCAUAGAAGAUCAUCUACAACUUCACCAAAGUAUAAAAUAUAUAAACGAACUACACCUAAUAAAGAAUCACAAUCUACUGAAGAGAAUGUUUCAUCUGUCGAAAAACCAUUUGGAAGAUCAAAAACUGAAAAUUUUACAUCUCAAGGAAAAAAUACACGAGAAAGUCCUUUAAAGAAUUUAGUUUAUUCAGCUUCUGAUGAUCAAAAGGAUAAAAAUGUUGAGAUUAAAACUCCUACGAAAGAAGCAAAUACUAUAGAGACGACGACUAAAAAAAGAGAAAGAGAAUCAGAAGGUCAAACUGGUCAUCUACGAGAAAGUCUAAGUGCUUGUUUAAAAAAACGUAAACUUCAUGAUGUUAUGACAAAACAAGACUUUACCGAAUUAAAAAAUUCAUUUUCAAGAAGUAUUGAAAAAGUUUUAGAAGAAAGACAACGAUCUUCAAGAAGUAAUUCACCAAGUUCUAAAAUUAAUUCACCUAGAUUUAAUACAGUGCAAGUUUUGAAAACUAAUGAUGAAGAAAAUAAUCUUUCUGAUCAAAAGGAACUGGAUAAAGAAGAAUCUAUAAUUACAAAUCCAUUUUAUGAUCCAAAACCUAUAACUAAAAAGAGAGAAGUAAUAGUAAUAGAUGACGAGGAUAAUGACUUGGAAACAGGAAGUAAGGAUAAAGUUGAUAAAUCAUCACUUAAACCAUCCCGAUUGAUUAAACUCAGACCAUCUCCAUUGAUUGAACGCAAACCAUCCCCAUUAAUCGAGUUAGAAAAAGAAAUUCAACAGCAAAGGGCACUGAUGGGAAAACAAGUCAGUCUAAAUGACGGCAAGCCAAGACCGUUCUUGAGUUCAUUGUUAAAAUCAAAAAAAGUCUCUGAAUCCGAAAAUCAAAAACAUGUUCCAAAAGCUAGUCUUGGGUCUCCAAUUGAAAUCCAACAACGUCCAUCUAUAGCUCAAAACAAACCUUUACAGCCGUUAGAUUUGAACACAAAUUUGCAUAAUAGACAGGACUUGCAAAAUGAUAAAAUUAAAAAACAAAAAUUAAACCAUCAACAAGAUCAUCAAUUACAAAAGCAAGAAGAAGAAAGAUCAAGAAAAUAUCUCCAUGCUCAACAACAACAACAACAGCAACAACAACAGCAACAACAACAACAACAACAACAGCAACAACAACAACAACAGCAACAACAACAACAACAGCAAAGAGGAAAUACUAGACUAAUUGGAGAAGAAUUACUGCAAUGGCAACAAUCUUGGAGAAAAAUAAUGAAAGAAUCAAUAGUAUUUUUUGAAGGUUCACAUGAUGUACAACUGAUGGAAUAUAAAAAGGCAAUAAAAUAUUUAAAAUAUGUUGGAUGUGAAAUUGCUCCAUUUUAUAAAACUGAUGUAACUAUAUUAAUAUCAAAAAGAUCAUAUGAUGAUAAAUUUACAUAUCCUAAUAAUGAUAUUUUUUCAAAUGUUUCAAGAUUUAAAACAAAAGUAUGGAGUUAUGAAAAAUUAUUUAGAUUUAUGAAAAAUUUAGGUUUAAGUAAUAAUGUUGAUGAAUCAAUUAAUAAACAUAAUAAUAUUUUACAACCAACAAAUACAAAUACAAAUUUAUAUAAUCUUUUAAAAGAAGAAAAAUUAUAUGGUUCAACUGAUAGAGAUCCAACUGCAAAAAGAGAUGAUUUUCAUUAUUUUGGUAAAAAUUAUUUAUAUGUUUAUGAUUUAACUCAAGUUGUUAGACCAAUAGCCAUAAGAGAAUGGAAUAAUGAAUAUCCUAUUUUAAAUUAUUCAUUAGAUGGAAAAUGUCCAUUUAUAUUUGAUCCAUCAGAUCAAAAUCUGGAAAAGAAAAAAUUAAAAAGAUUAAAAAAAUUUGAAGCUUCAAAAUCUCAUCGUCAAGCCUUGAGAGUUGCAACUGAAAAAGUUAUAAAUGGAAUUUCAUUAUCACCUAAUGAUUUUACUGAAACAAGUACUAGUACAGAUAAAGUUGAAGAUUCUUCAAAUAAUAAUGAAGAAGAAAUUGAAUUUGAAUUUAGACAACCACUAAUUAGAAAUUCAUCAAAUAUUCAAUCAAAACAAGUAGAUACAAUGGCUUCUGGAUUUAAUGGAGCUUCAAAUGCUUUACAAUUUUCAAUGGAUUCAAGUUUAAAUAGUACUGCAUAUGCAGCAGGUAAUGGAUUAGGACCAUCAAUAUCUCAUGUUACUUCUAAAAAUUUAAAUAAUUUAAAAAGAAGAAUAUUUAUGAAAAGAAAAACAACAGAAAUUAUAAGAAAAGAUAAAGAAUCAACUCCAGGUUAUUGUGAAAAUUGUCGUUGUAAAUAUGAUUGUUUUGAAGAACAUAUUUAUAGUAAUAGACAUAGAAAUUUUGCUUGUGAUGAUAGAAAUUUUCAAGAUAUUGAUGAAUUAAUUUCAAUUUUACAUAAUGAGUAUUGA